AUGAUUCCAGGCCAGAAGAUGUCCAUGGAGGUCGGCUACGAGUGCUUGGUUGCUGCGGGCUUCAACAAGAACAGCCUGAAGGGCCGGCGCAUGGGUCUUUGGUUUGGUGAUGUAGGGCCCGACUGGCACAGCUUUCAGACGGAGUGGGCAAGGUUUUGUCCUGACAUAUGCCCCACAAUGAUGGGCCUGAGCAUGAGCUGUGCAACCACAGCUGCACGCAUUGCCCACCAAUUUGAUAUCCGCGGGCCAGUUUCCUCUUAUGACACCGCGUGCUCGGCCUCCUUGGUCGCGAUGAACGCCGCACAUUUGUGCAUGUUCGACUCGGACCCACCCAAGCCUGACAAUGCUGAAGCACUGAUUGUGGGUGUAAACACCCUGCUGGGACCUGGAUCCUUCAUAGGCAACUGCAUGGCCACGAUGCUUUCGCAUCAAGGCCGCAGCUUCACCUUCAACCGCAGUGCCGAUGGCUACCAGCGCGGUGAAGGUUGCGGAAGCGUUUUCGUGAAGCUGUACCAGGGCGACAAGCGCGAUGAAGAAGAGCGUGUUUGUGCACUCAUCGGCACAGCAACCAACCAGGACGGCAGAAGUGCAAGCUUGACGGCUCCCAACGGUCCAGCGCAGCAGGCAGUGAUCAAGAAGUCAAUGCGGUUCGCUGGCAUCAAUCCAAACACUGUGUCCAUAGCCGAGUGCCACGGGACCGGGACUGCUCUCGGAGAUCCCAUUGAAGUCGGCGCGCUUAUGGCAGUGAUGCAUGAGCGCAAGGUCCCAAUCCUGAAGACCAGUGCGAAGAGCAAUGUGGCCCAUUUGGAGGCUGGUGCCGGAAUCGCCGGUCUGACGAAAUGCAUCAUGAUGAUCAACUUCGGCACGGCACCGCCGAACUGUCAUUUCAACAUCAUCAACCCGCACUUGACGAUCGAAGGGUACCCCGUCUACUUCGACACGGAGGACAUUGACGUGGGCCUCAGCAGUCUGUACUGUGGCGUCUCUUCCUUUGGCUUCGGCGGCACCAACUCACGAGCGGACGUCUACGGCUACGCGACGAAGGGGCACAAGGCGGCCAUGAAGGCCAACUUGCCGACGCCGUCUCUUCCGAGGGCCUUGCACAUCGGGCAGACGCUGUACAUCAGCGGUUCUUGGGACAAAUUCGCGACCUACAAGGCAAUGGAUGGAGGGAGGUAUGGCAAAUACACCUGCACAAUCGAACUCGGCGAAAGCCUGUGCGAAGAGUUUCAGUUGUCAUGUACGCAAGACAACCUGGAGGUGAUUCAUCCCCUCGUCAAGAAGGCUGACAGUACCGAGCAGAUCGUCGGUCCGGACUACGCAGGGAGGGGACUGAACUUCUUCAUCGACGGCCGGAAGGACGGCGUCCCACCAGGGACUCUGUAUCAGAUCGACUUCAGUUGGAUGGAUGACAAGAAGACCAUCUCCUGGAUGCCAGUGGAAGCUGACGCAAACCUGGAGGUGCAAGAUGGGCAGCCUGAGCUGGAGUAG